AUGACACCCACUAGCACCAUCUUGGAACCAGUGGCUAUUGUAGGCAUAGCCUGUGAAUUUGCUGGUGAUAUUCAUAGUCCAAAUGAUCUAUGGCUUGCAUUGGAUGAAAGUCGAGAUGUGGGUAGCGAAAUACCUCGUGAUCGACUUGAUAUUGACUCAUAUUGUGCUCAUAUGUUCAAUAUGGACAAUAAUCAAACACUCCAGAAAAAACUUAUUCGUAGAGGAUAUUUUCUCUCGAAUAACCAAUGGGAUACAUUCGAGGCAGGUUUCUUUGGUCUAUCAGAUGCUGAAGCAGGUAGUAUUGAUCCAUGUCAUCGAUUAUUGAUGCUUAAAUUUGUUCAUUUACUUGACGAUGCUGGUUAUAAUAUUGAAAAAAUGCAUGGUUCACGAACAUCUGUACACAUAGGGCAGUUCUCCACAGAUCAUGCGUACACAUUAAUUCGAAUGGAACCCGAAUAUCGAUCAAGAUUUCAUGGACCCAAUAGCUCAUUGUACAAUGCUGCAGCUCGACUAUCAUACCAUUUUAAUCUACAAGGUCCUAAUGUCUCAUUAGAUGUUGCCUGUUCAUCAUCGUUAGAAGCGGUGCAUAUGGCUGUAGAAAGUCUUCGUACAUACGAAGCAGACAUUGCCGUAUGCGGUGGUGUUAAUGGUACUUUUGCACCAGAAAGUGUUUUUCAUGCCUCGAAUAUUGGUGCUCUAUCACCUGAUGGACGAAGUCGAUCAUUUAGUGUUGAUGCUAAUGGUUACGCUAAAGGUGAUGGUCUUGGUCUUAUAAUGUUGAAACGACUAAGUGAUGCUGAACGUGAUGGUGAUCGUAUAUACUGUGUUAUUCGCGAUAUACUCAGUAACCAUGAUGGAAAUGAAGAUAAAAGUAAUUAUGUGGUUCCAUCAGCUGCUGGACAAACACGUCUACUCACUGAUGUUUACAAACGAACAAAAUUUGAUCCUCAACGCAUUUUCUACGUUGAAGCACAUGGUACUGGUACACCGAUAGGUGAUCCCAUUGAAGCAAAUUGUCUAGGUCGAUUUUUCAAUCGAUCAUCUCUUGAACCUCCAUUAUUAAUUGGUUCUGUUAAGAGUAAUUUGGGACACACAGAAGGUGCAGCUGGUAUUGCUGGAUUAAUCAAAGUUGCUAUGUGUAUGCACCAUCGAGCUAUUCCACCAAAUAUGCAGUUCACAUCACUUAAUCCCCGAAUCGAAGCACAACGUUAUAAUCUUCAUGUUGUUCAACAUUCUGUACCUUUUCCACCUUCCACUGACACUGAUACGAUAGCUAUCGCUAUAAAUUCAUUUGGCAUGGGUGGUAACAAUGUACAUGCCAUUGUUGAAGAAUAUCGAUCCAGUGCAAAAAAUUCCGUUAUUAAUAAAUAUGCAAAUGGUCAUGCUAAUGAACACCAUCAAAUAGAAAACAAACAACAUUUCAUCUUUCUGUUUUCAACAAAAAGUCGCAAGUCGCUUAAAGAUCAAGUAGCACAAUUCAAUCAAUGGCUACAAAAAAGGCCAACUUCUGAUGUAAAUGAUGAUCAUGCUUUCUUUCAACGUAUUUCUCAACAACUUCUUCUUCGACGAACAAUUAGCUAUAUGCACUUAGCCAUCUUUGUAUUUGCAAAUCGUCACCAAUUACAACAACAACUGGAUGCUUUUCUUGCCGAUCAAACAAUCUCGGGGCUUGCGUUUAAAUUGCGUCCAACAAUAGCAUUAUCACAAAAAAUAUGUUUUGUUUUCAGUGGACAAGGUCCUCAGUGGUGGGCUAUGGGUCGACAAUUGUAUGAAAGUGAACCUGUUUUUACUCAAUGGAUACAAUUGAUUGAUAAUGAAAUGACAAAGAUCAAUAAUGGUGAAUGGCGAUUAUUAGAAGAGUUAAUUGAAAAAAAGAAUGAACAAGAAUCUCAUAUUAAUGAUACAAAUAUUGCUCAACCAGCUUUAUUUGCUAUUCAAGUUGCUUUAGCUGCUUUACUCGUCUCAUGGAAUAUUUAUCCUUCAACAAUCGUCUCACAAAGUGCUGGAGAUCAAGCUGCUGCUUUUGUUGCCGGUCGUCUCACUUUGCAGGAAGCUGUUCGUAUAGUUUAUCAUCGAUCACGUCUGCAAAAUCGUAAUACACGACAAGGUGGUUGCAUGUUAGCCAUAUCUAUGAGCGAAGAAGAAGUACAAAAUAAUCUUCUCAAAGAUAUUGAACAUCUUGUUUGUAUUGCAACUAUAAAUAGUCCUCGUUCUAUCGCAUUAAGUGGCGAUGAAAAGACUAUUGAUGAAUUACAACAAAGGCUUUCGACAUUUUAUCCAAAUGUUUUCAACGCUCGUCUUCGCAUAGAAAAUGCAUUUCAUUCUUAUCAAAUGGAUCGUUUUGAUAUUGAAAAAGAGCUGUUAUCAUCACUAAGUGAUAUUCGAGGACUUCCUCUCAAAGAUCCACAGCAAAUGUUCAAUCCAAAAUGUGCUGAAGCUCGUCUCUAUUCAAGUGUCAUUGGAGGUAAAUUAAGUAAUGAAAUGCCAGUUGAUGCACAUUAUUGGUGGACAAAUGUAAGGCAAGCUGUUCGAUUUUAUGAUGCUAUAGCGUCUAUUGCACAAAAUGACGAUGUAAGUGUUUUUCUUGAACUCUCACCGCAUCCAGUAUUGGCUACAUCAAUUCAAGAAUGUUACCAAUUGAUAAACCAACAACCACUUAUUCUUCCAACAUUAAAACGAAAAGAAAAUGAACAAAUCACAUUGUUGACAAGUCUAGCACUACUAACAAUCUCAUCUGAUAUUUGGCAACGAUAUUUUCAUACUCGAAAUAUUUUAUCUUCAGACGAAGAUGAAGCAUUCUUUGAUGAUUUUCCAUUAUAUGCAUUUGAUCUUAGUUCAUGUUGGUAUGAAUCGAAAGAUGCAGUUGUCAAACGUUUAGCUAAUCGUAUUCCAACUCAUCCUUUACUUGGUGUUCGUCAAUUAAUAGGACAAACAACUGCGACAUGGAAAAGUCUUAUCAAUAUUAAUCUACCACAAUAUGCUUAUCUGAAAGAUCACAAGAUUCAAGAUGCUAUUCUUUUUCCUGCUACAGCUCUACUUGAAAUAGUCACAGCAGGCUAUCAACAAUUAUUUCAAUCAUUCGAUAAAAAAGAACAAUCUUUAAUUAUUUUAGAAGAAAUCAAAUUCGUCAAAGCGCUCGUUCUUACUCAGCAUGAAUUGACAGAAGUAUUUACACAAAUUGAUAUGCCAAAACGUGAAUGGUCCAUCUAUAGUCGACCAUGGACAUCAGCUGGUUCAGAUUGUAUGCAUUCAUCAGGCAUGGCUAGUAAUGAUUUCAUUGGUUCUUUUCUCGAUCAACAAGCUCUCAGUCAAUAUUCUUUGAAUGAAUUCACAUUACAUGCUCAUGGUCGAAUUAAUAUGGAUAAUACUCAACAAAAACCAAACACAAUACUUACUACUGAUAUGAUAAUUGAUACAACAUGGUCGACACAUGAUACAUCAAAUUUUUAUAGGUAUGCGUCAAUAAGAGGUUAUCAAUUUGGACCUUUAUUUCAAAAUAUGAACUUCUUACAAGGUACAACAUCUACAGUUACCGCUCAAGUUUCAAAUGAUCUUACUAAAAUCAAUGAUCUUUCUUCUUAUUAUCUACUUCAUCCAUCAGUACUUGAUGCUUGUUUUCAUCCGCUUAUAGCUUUACUACCUGGCACUGAUACAACAUUUCUUCCAAUUAGUAUUCAAAAAUUUGUUAGUAGUACAAACAAAAACUUAUCUUAUUCCAAUAUUGAGAUGCGUGGCAACUAUCAUGAUAAUGUUUGUGGUCUGAGCGAAGAACAAGCACAUACUUGUGAUAUAAUAAUUCUUUCAAGUGGUGACAAAAACUCUUCUUCAAAAGAAAUCAUCUGUACAGUUGAAGGUUUUGUUACUCAACAAAUUCAAGGUACACGAUCCGGUCGAUGGACAUUAGAAAAAUCUAUUUUUGAUAAAUUAAAUAUCACAGUUGAUUUGCCUAGUGUCGAUCAUAAAGAACAUAUAGAUAGUCUUGUAAAAGACUAUUCUAUGAAACAAGUAUGGAAUGAUUUACCAAUAAUAACAAGUGUAGCUGAUCUGUUUCCAUCACCUGAGAAAAUUUUCAAUACUAAAAUCGAUAUUGUUAGCAAUCAAGAUUUAGUUGAAUCAAUUGAACCAUUCAACAAACUAGCUGCAUAUUAUGCUCAAUUAUCACUAAAAGAGCUCGAUUUAAGUCUUGUUGAUGAUCAGUAUCGUCCUUUAUUGAGUGCUUGUCACUUGUUAACCUCACUUUUAUGCGAACAAGUGACAUUUCAUUCUACACAACUUUGUCUUGUGCAACUGCUCAAGCGUUUUUCACGUCUCGAACCAAUUCUGACCUUAUUAAACGCAUAUGGAUCGCGAUUAAAAGCAAUUUUUACAGGGCAACAGAGUGGAGUGGAUGUAUUCGUAGGAAACGAUGAUACCGGACGUAUUUUACAACAAGUAAAAAAUAUCAUGAGUGCAAAUAAAACACAAAUGGUAUUUGAUGCAAUUGAUCAACAUCUUCGGGUUGAACAUAAGCGAAGUAGCGAUGGCUCACUCAGUCAUUAUCGAUGGCGCAUAUGUUGGUUUGCUAGUAGUGAAUGUUCGGAUGUUCUUCCUAUUCUUGAUCUGUUGCUCAAUUUAUCAUGUCAUACAGAUCUAUUGAUUGACUUUCAUUAUGUGAAUAUGGACACGACACAACUGGCACAAGCCGAACAAAUAUUUGAAACACGUUUAGCUGAUCAAACUCGUUUGUCGAUUACAUACGAUCAAACACUUGAUUUAUUUAAUAAUGAAACAUUUACCAAAAUACCAAACGAAUCAUUCGAUAUUAUUUUUGCUGCAAACCAACUUCCAAGAAACGAAGAUUUAGCAGAAUCUCUUAUCAGUCUUCGUCGCUUACUUGUUCCGAAUGGUCUUCUUUUAUUGCUUGAAUUAAUUGGUGUUCCUCUAUAUUUUGAUCUUAUAUUAGGUCUACUUGAUCAAUGGUGGUCACCGUUAAAUAAUACUCGCGCUUUGAAUGAUAUCCAACAAUGGGUCACAGUUCUAAAACAAAUAGGUGGAUUUACAACUAUCACUCCAAUAUGGAGUCAAUAUGAAAGUACACUAAUUAUAGCUCAGAAAACGAUGUCUCACGAAAUACUACAGACACUUGCUGAAAGAAAACAUCAGAGAUGGCUUCUGUUUGCCAGGAAUGAUAUUGGAAGUCUUGGCCACACUAUAACCACAUUUUUACCAUGUACAAAUUAUCAAUUUUUUGAUAUUCGCAAUCCAAUCACAGAACUAAUUUGUUCCGCAAUUGAAGAAAUGGUAACAACAUAUACACAAUUGUAUAUUGUUUUUGCAUGGCCACUUGAACAAACAUUACUUGAUGGUAACGGUGAUUUAGCAUUCAAACAACAUGAAGAAAUUAUGUGUAGUAUAUUAUCUCUCAUGCUUCAAACAAUUCACACAAAAUCUUCUCAUUUUUAUCCAUUUGUGUUUGUUCUCACGCAUCAUGGGCAGCACAAUAUAGGUUCUGAUUGCAAUAUAAUCACGUCACCAAUCAUUGGUCUUGCGCGAAGUUUGAUGAUUGAAUACGAGCGAAAUCGAUUAAAACUAAUUGACCUACAAUCACCACUAACAUCGAUCAACAAGCCAAUAUUUGUGCGUGCUUUAAUACAACAUAUGAUGAGUUCUCGAUAUUCAAACAAUACUUCUGAGAUUGUGCUGCAUCUUGACACGAACGAAAAUCAAGUCAGACAUAUCACAUGGCAUUAUGAAAUGUUGCAAAAAUCUGUUGAUGAUGAUAAUAAUGAACAAGAGAAAUCUAAAUACGAACAAAUUUCUAUUAUUCCUAAACGAGAUGCUGAUCAAAAACCAUUUCGUAUUUGUGUACCACCAUCUCGUUUUCCUUCUGAAAUAACAUGGAUUGAAGAAGAUAGAGAAAAAGAAUUAUUACGAGCAGGUAUGGUAGAAGUUCGUGUUCAUUGUGUUGGUAUUAAUUUUCGUGAUGUACUUAAAUCACGUGGUCGUUAUCCACAUACACGUACUUUUGCACAACCGGAUGAAGAUCAACCAAAAGUUAAUCAAGAUACAGAACCAGGUUCAGAUUUUGUUGGUACUAUUGUACGUGUGGGUCCUACAACAACUAGUUUUCAAGUUGGUGAUCAUGUUGUAGGUGCUACUAGUCUUGGUACAUAUCAUUCACAUAUUAUGAUUAAUUCACAACUUAUAAUACGUAUUCCAUCUGAUUUUCCUCUUACUGAUGAACAAUUAUGUGGUAUGCCAACUCCAAUUUUAACAGUUAUCUAUUCUCUUAGAUAUCGUGUUCAUUUACAAGCUGGUCAAACUGUUCUUAUUCAUGCUGCAACAGGUGCUGCAGGUCAAAUGUGUAUUCAAUAUUGUCAAUAUAUUGGUGCUCGUGUUAUUGCUACAGCUGGAAGUGAAGAAAAACGACGUUUUCUUCGUGAAUAUUAUGGCAUUGAACAUGUAUUUAAUAGUCGAGAUACUUCUUUUGUUAAUGAUAUACAUCGAAUUCUCCCACAAGGUGUUGAUGUUAUUAUUAAUUCAUUAUCAGGUAAUUUACUCAAAGAAUCAAUUAAAUUAUUAGCAUAUCAUGGUAAUUUUGUUGAAUGGGGUAAACGAGAUAUUUAUGAUAAUAAUAAUUUAUCAAUGUUUCAAUUACGAUCAGAUUGUAGUUUUCAUGUAAUUGAUUUUGUUGCACUUCUUGAUCACGUAUCACCUCUUGUUCGUCUUAUGUUUGAAGAAGCAAUUGAUUUAUUUAUUCGACGUAAACUACGUGCUGUUGAACCAACAGUUAUUUAUGAACCAUCUCAAGUAAUAGAAGCAUUAUUAAGAUGUAAUAGUGGUCAAGUUGUGGGUAAAACAGUUUUUCGUAUAAGUUCAUCUGAUCAACUAUUAAAUAUCAAUAAAAAACAAUCUAAUAGUUUAUUAAAAGUUGUAAAUGAUAAUACAAUGUUUCCAUCAGAAGUUUGUAAUCAAGGAACAAUUUUAAUAUCUGGUGGUUUUGGUGGUCUUGGUUUAACAAUGUCUCGUUGGAUGAUAGAGAAACGCGGUGUUAAACGUAUAGCACUGAUGAGUCGUCGUACCUUAGUUGAACUCGAACAACCUUCUAAUCCACAAUAUGAUGAUUGGUUGCGAUUGAAACGAACAGUAAAUGAAUAUAAUGCUCAUGUUGAUGUUGCACAAGCAGAUGUGACAAACUUUCAACAAGUUCAUGAUCUUAUUGUAAGACUUAAUCAAAGUUCUUAUCCUGUUCGAGGUAUUAUUCAUAGUGCUGUUAUUGCAGAAGAUCGUACUCUCAGUAAUUUAACACAAGAACAUUUAACACGUGUUCUUGCACCGAAGGCUCAUGGUGCUUGGAUUCUUCAUCAAGUAACACAACUUACUCAUACUCCGCUUCACUUUUUCAUUAUGUUUUCAUCAAUUCGAAAUCAUCUCCUUGAAUUGGCGUCCGCCGGUUACAAUGCCGGUAAUCAAUUUCUUGAUGCUCUUGCUCAUUAUCGUAUGCAAAAGCUUAAUUUACCAGCUCUCUCUAUCAGUUUACCAGCAGUGAGCGGUGCUGGCAUGUUUCAUAGACAACGAGAGUGGUUAACAACUUUUCAAACGACACAAGGCUUUGAAUUAGUACCAACAGUGGUUGUAUAUGAAUUGAUAGAACGUUUUCAUAAACAUCAGAACACUUGUCCAUGUCCUAUUGUUUUUGCUGUUAAUUGGCAAACAUUGUAUGAGAGACGUCACAAAUUAGCAACAUUCCAGUUAGCAAGAAUAGCACAGCAACGCUUUGUCGAAAUGAAGCUCAGCAACACAUCUGCAAUAUCGAGAAUCGAUAGUACGAUUAAUUCUGAUCUGAAUCAAAAGGAGACUAUUAUUGAGCGAGCUCAUGUAGCUGUAGCACGUCUCUUAGGUGCAGUCAGUGUCGAUCGUAUAUUAAUUGAUCGUUCACUUGUGAGUCAAGGCAUGGAUUCAUUAGCUGCUAUCUCACUAUACAAUUGGUUGGGACAAGAAACUGGUGUCUAUAUACCAUUAGCUGAUCUUCUUCAAGGGUAUUCGAUUGAAAGAAUUGCAACAGUUAUAUAUAAUAAGCUCCACGAUCAACAACAAGUUACCACAUCAAUUGCUACAGAACAUAAUGUAGACUCUGAUCUGAUCGAUGAAAAUAAUAUCAAAUUAUCUAACACUUCCAUACAUACUAGUACAGAGAAUAUCAUUUGUCUUCAACGUCCGCUUCAGAGCAAUAGUUCUGUUCUCUUCUAUAUCGCGGAGCAGGCAAUCAGUAAUACUGACGAGUCCUUUACACUAUUUAUGCACAAAUUAUCUGAACAGCAAAGUCAAACAGCGUCAGCUACCAUCUAUGUUAUUCAAAUACCGUUAACGAUAUCGGAUACAAGUACAUCCACUUAUGCUCAAAAUAUGAUCUCGCAAAUGCGUCGUAUUCAACCGCGCGGACCUUAUCAUCUAGUGGCUAAUCGCAACAAACAAGAAGAAAUCAUUGCGCAUGAAAUGAUAAGACAGCUUAACAAUCAUUCAAAGAUAAUCGAUGUGCGAUUAAUUCUUUUGGAUGAUUAG